AUGACCCUGUCAGAACAACAAAUAUUGGCCAUCUCGGCCACAGAGCGUGUUUGCUCGACUAUCUCCCUAGUCGGCACUUUUGUUAUAGUCGCUACUUUUAUCUGGUCCCCCACGUUCCGUAAACCCAUCAACCGCUUGGUGUUCUAUGCAUCAUGGGGUAACAUCAUGGCUAAUAUAGCCACUAUCAUAUCGGCAGACGGGACUCAUUCUGGGGUUGAUAGUUCCCUGUGCCAGUUCCAAGGGUUUUUGAUUCAAUGGUUCAUGCCCGCCGAUGCACUAUGGACAUUCGCAAUGGCAUGCAAUGUCUACCUAACAUUCUUCCACAAAUACGACUCCGAGCAACUACGCCGGCUCGAAUGGAAAUACGUGCUCUGCUGCUAUGGUGUUCCGUUCAUUCCAGCUUUCGCAUUCUUCUUCGUCCAGACCCAAGCCCGAGGCCGGAUAUAUGGCUCCGCCAUCCUCUGGUGCUGGAUCUCUGUACAGUGGUCCUUCCUCCGCAUCGCCAUCUUCUACGGACCAGUCUGGCUCAUUAUCUCAUUGACCUUCGCCAUCUACCUAAGAGCAGGGACGGUGAUUUACCAGAAACGGCGCCAGCUUCGGAACCUCGGCGGUAUCGACUCAGAUCUUGUCCCAGAAUCUCCCUUUGCUAUGUUGACCGGCAUCCAAGUAACCAGGGAGAUUGCCUGUUCUACUCCAGAGCGUCGGUCCUUGUCGGAGGGCAAUGCGCGCGGGUUGCCGUCUGCUGCAUUCAGAGCAUACUCGGUCACGAUCGAGGGCGGGAGUACUGCCAACACAUUGCAAGAUUCCAGAUCAAAAAUAGGUCCCAGUCCUCUUCACCGGGAGAAUUCUGGCAAGACCGCGCGGCCGGAUGGACUGGACUCGCGGAGGUCGACAUCCACGGAAGCUAGUUCGGCUACUUGGGCCUAUACGAAAUACGCUAUGCUGUUUUUCAUUGCAUUGCUUGUUACAUGGGUAGGUCUAGUCGAAGCCCAUUAUAGUCUGAAAACCGUUCUCGGUUCUUUUCGUGUGUUGAUUUGUUCGACAUUGCAGGUCCCCUCGACGAUAAACAGAGUCUAUUCCCUGGCUCGUCCUAAUGACUUUAAUUUCAGUCUCAACUAUGCAUCUAGCUUCGUCCUUCCACUCCAGGGCUUUUGGAACAGCCUUAUAUACAUCUCUAUCUCAUGGCCCGCAUUCAAAUUACUUUGGUCUGACCUCCAUAGCCGCGUAUGCUCGUGGCGUAUACCCCGUCCGGUGACGAAUGUACAGUCCUUCCAUCUACGGAAAGGCUCUCAAAGCUCAAGUCCUGCUCUUUUGGUGAAAGCUGAGAAUGAGGACAGACGCCGAAGUUGGCUGGGCUUAGAUCCAUCAAAAACAUCCACCAUGGCCGAAUCCAACUCCCACCAACCGCCCGCCGCGUCGCCGUCCCCUCCCCCGCCAGCUCCAAUCUCGCAAUCCCCGGGCCCGCGCGCCUCACGUCUAACCCAAGUCUUCGAGCAGGCUCUGGCACGCACGCUCCGCGCAAACUCGUAUGCGAACUUUGCAGGCUGUUUCCCGACACCUGCGCGCCAUGUUCCUGCCAGCUUGGAGGGUGUCUGGCGGCAGCUGAACGCGAAGCUGGAAGCAAAUGCCAAAGCUGAGUUUGAUGAUAUUGUCGCAGAAAGGGAUGCGGUGGCGCAUUUGAAUGAGCUUGAUCGGCUGGUUGGGGAUGCGAGGGCUAGAAAGGAGCAGGAGGGGGAGAAUGCUGAGGGGGAGGAGAGAAUAGUGUAUGUUGAAUGUAUUUGGUCGUCUUUUCGGGCUAUCCCGCAUACACUCGGCGCCGAAGAUCUGUACAAGGCGCACCUUACACCCUAUCUGCAGGAAGCGCAGUCGACCCUAAACGCCAGACUAGAGGCUAUUCAUGCAGAAAACGCGGAGCUCGCGCAGACUGUGCAGGCGCAAAGGCUGGAAAUUGAGCGGCUAUUGUCGCAUCUUGGAUUGGUCGUUUCGGAUAUUGAGGGUGCUGCUACGGCGGCCACCCAAUUCAGCAGACAACAUCACAUUCGCCAGGACGCGAUCCAGAUGGAUGAGGAGGCGAAAGCCCGUCCGGGUCUGUGA